GGUGAUUCGAUGUGAUCGAAGAAAGUUGGCAAUAUCCUUGGGCCAGUGGUUGAGUUCCACAUACCCGGCAGCUCGCGGCUACAACAACCAGUAUUUGUCUGGCUAUCUGGAUGUUAGGCCGAGUAACCAAACAGCUCCAGGCCCAAUGGCCUAGCUUCUUAAUAUGAUCCAGCUCUCCCGAUUUGACGAGCUUGUCCAAUGCCUUGACGUAACCCCGUGCAUGUUCUGCCACCAACCCUCUGUAUGUCUCGCGCUGCAUGUACUCGAACACCACAUACCUAAUCCAGGUUGCGAGCUUGACCCUGAUAGUUCAGGCGCUCGUUAAGACCGCCUGCCGACGUCCUGGAGGGCAGUGGAAAUUCAAAGCCGUGGCGGAGCGCGACAUAGGUCCCAUUGAACCCUGUGUCGUGACGGGUAAAGCUCCCAUCAGACCGCCUCUCCGUGACCUGAAUUGCCGAACCUCAUCCAUCGUUGUAGCUGCUUAGUGAAGACCUCCUAUCUGUCUGGGAUAUAUCUGCCUAGGGUUACGGUAGUUCUCGGGGUAUUGGGGGAAUUACCUGGUAAUUACUCGCCUGAAGCCGUCAAAAAAUCAUGGAGUAGACGGAGAGAAUGUUGUGAGUGAUCACAGCUUAGGCCGGCGACCAGGGCAUCGCAUGCCACUUUUCCCACUUCCAUGGCAUGAAAGGUCGGCGAACACGGACGAUGAUGAUUUAUUUACCCAAAGGGUGGAAGAUAGUAAGAAGCGGGUCACGGCCUCCAGGGCUAGGUCUGAGAAAUGAGGGAAGGGCUCUCGCUACAAGCACUCUGCGGAGCGAGCAGGAAGGUGAGGCGCUGGUGUCACCGGUUGCGUUGUCGAACCAUCGUUGGUUGAUCAGAGUCGAGGUGCUCUUUGUUUGGUAAAGAAAUCGCUCCUUU